AUGUCACAGCAACAAUAUUUGUCAAAAAAUGGGAAGCAAAUACGAUCAAGGAAACGACGAGAACGAAAUGUUUUAUUUUAUGAAUUGAAACGUAAAGCGGCAAAUGAACGAGAACGAAAACGAAUGUACAGUAUCAAUGAAGCUUUUGACAAAUUGCGCCAUCUUUUACCAUGGUUAUCAAAUGAACGAAAGAUAAGUAAAGCUUCUACAUUACGUGAAGCUAUACGAUAUAUCAAACAAUUGAAUCAAUUAUUAAAUGGUGAUGAAUCAUCUAAUCCGGAAAAUACAUCAUAUACAGUUACAGUUAAAUCCGAAACUGACCGUUCAUCAUUGAUUAUACCAUAUUCAGAUGGUCAUCUACCAAUGAAAUUUGUUGAAUUAUCCUGCAGUAAAAUACCAGAUGAUUAUGAUAGCAUAAUCAGGACGGAAUAUGGUACAAUACAGGGCAGAUGUAGCAAAGUAUGGAUACCUAGUAUACCAUGUGACAAUUAUGACCGUUCCUGUCAUCGAUAUCUAUUACCAUUCAAUAAUGAAUGA